AUGGCAAAGGAAAUUAGAGCUUCUAAUUCCAUGUUCAGCUUUCGACAUAUCUGUUACAUCCUUUUCACCCUUUCUUUCUCUUCUCUCAUCAUAUUCCACUCGUGGAGCCACUGCUAUUUCUUCUCACCAUACCAUCUAAGAGUAAUAGAAGAAAAGCAAAACCAAACCAUCAUCAACCUCCUUUCAUACCCUUUUGCAUGGAACCACCUUAUCUUCCCAUCAAAGCCACCUUCAAAGCUUCUCAAGAUUGCACUCUUUGUCAAGAAAUGGCCUCAGGGAUCUCAUGCCGGAGGGCUCGAACGCCAUGCUAUGACUCUCCACAUUGCUCUUGCAAAAAGAGGCCAUGAACUUCACAUAUUCACCACUUCACCAGGUUCCUCCAUUAUCCCGAAAUCUGAACUUGGAAACUUGUACUUUCACUUCUCAAAACCAACACCAGGCGGUUACCUUGACCAAGCUUUAGUUUGGGAACAGUUUCAGGAACAGAACAAAACAGGAUCACCAUUUGACAUUGUUCAUACUGAAAGUGUUGGCCUUAGGUACACUAGAUCGCGCAAUGUCACUAAAUUGGCUGUUAGUUGGCACGGUAUUGCGUACGAGACGAUUCAUUCCGACAUCAUUCAAGAACUUCUAAGAAGCCCCCAAGAAUCAAAGGCAAAUGCAUUGGCUGAAAGAGUUACCAAGGUUGUUGAGGAAGUGAAGUUCUUCCCAAAUUACGCUCACCACGUCGCCACCAGUGAUCAUGCAGGAGAUAUCCUAAAGAGGGUCUACAUGAUCCCGGAAGAAAGGGUGCACAUAAUACUGAAUGGCGUGGACGAAGAUGUUUUCAGGCCGGAUAUUUCGGUAGGGAAGGAGUUCAAAAAGAGGCAUGGCAUUCCGGAUUCUAAAUCACUGGUGAUAGGACUGGCUGGGAGAUUAGUGAAGGAUAAGGGACACCCUUUGAUGCUUGAAGCUUUGAAGCAGAUAAUGGUAGAAAACAGCACAUUCCAAGAGAGUAGCAUCAUUAUGGUUGCUGGUGAUGGUCCUUGGGCAGCAAGGUACAGAGAACUUGGGGAAAAUGUAGUGGUUCUGGGGCCUCUUGAACAAUCUGAAUUGGCCUCAUUCUAUAACGCUAUUGACUUAUUUGUCAACCCCACUUUGAGAGCACAGGGUUUGGAUCACACUUUGAUAGAAGCUAUGCUGAGUGGAAAACCAGUAAUGGCUACAAGGCUUGCAAGCAUUGUGGGGUCUGUGAUUGUUGGCAGUGAAAUGGGUUAUACAUUUUCACCAACAGUGAAUGCUCUAAAGAAGGCUGUAUAUGAAUCAUGGGUGGAUGGAAAGGAAGUUCUACACAAUAAAGGUCAGGUUGCUCGUCAAAGAGGUUUGAAAUUGUUCACGGCCACCAAGAUGGUGGCUGCAUAUGAACGGCUUUUUCUUUGCAUUUCAAGUGCAAACAAUGAUGACCAUUUUUGUCAAUAUCAACAGUCAGUUAAUUGAAAAAGUGGGCAAAAAAGAAGAAGCUUCUUGUUUGGAAAGUAUGUGUUUUUCUGUAGUCAAGCAAAUCAUUCUUUGUUUAUUAACAAGUCCACAUGUAUGGUUAUAUGAUAUCUUAGAGUAGUGCAAUAGUGUUCAGUUCCCUUUGCAAGUUGUGAAGUUGCAAGAGGGGCUGUACAAGAAUUAAUUCUG